AUGGCCAACGGCUCCAGCAGUGAUGGCGGACAGGCCGAGAAGACCACGCAGUACGCUUACCUCAACGUCCAGACACGCGGAGACCUGUCGAGCCUCCAGUGGUACGAGUCUCCUCUGAACUACCUCUCCCCUUGCGAGAAAACCGGGUCCGAGGGACUAUUCGUCGACGUAUACUACGCAGCUGUCAACUUCCGUGACGUCAUGCUUGCCACUGGAAAGGUAAACAUGGACACGGCACGCGGUGACAAUGUCGCCGAGGAGGCCUUCCUCGGCAUGGAGUAUUCAGGCCGCGACUGGAAUGGACGGCGUGUCAUGGGAAUGGUCAGCGGCAAGGGCAUAGCAACCGCACUUGCGGCCGACCCAGUCAUGAUGUGGACUAUUCCCGAAAGCUGGACUAUGGAAGAGGCUGCUACGGUCCCCGUGGUGUACUCCACUGCCUACUACGCUCUGGUGAUACGCGCCGACAUUCAACCUGGGCAGUCGCUCCUAGUCCAUAGUGGCAGCGGAGGCGUCGGACAAGCCGCAAUCGCAAUUGCUCUUUCCAUGGGAUGCACUGUCUUUACCACUGUGGGAUCUGAGGAGAAGAAAGAAUUUCUCAAGCGGCGCUUUCCAGUGUUAAAUGAUCGAAACUUUGCAAACUCUCGAGACCUGUCCUUCGAAGAACACAUCAUGUGCGAAACUAAAGGCCGGGGUGUGGACUUGGUGCUCAACUCGCUGUCGGAAGACAAGCUGCAGGCCAGCGUGCGCUGCUUGGCAACUCACGGCCGCUUCGUGGAGAUCGGCAAGUUCGACCUAUUCGAGAACAAUAAUUUGGGCAUGUCCGUGUUCCUCCAAGACGCCAACUUCCACGGGGUCAUGUUGGACAGCUUGCUGCUCCCUGACACGACUGCUCUGGCUCAGAAGCGCCGUGUUGGAGAGCUUCUCGACGAGGGAAUAAAAUCCGGCGUCGUGCAGCCGCUGGAUGUCACCGCGUUCACCCGAGAACACAGCGAGCAGGCGUUCCGUUUUAUGGCCUCUGGAAAACAAAUUGGCAAGGUCUUGAUCCAGAUGCGGACGGAAGAGAGCAAGCCCACGACUCGCGCACCUCCGCUGACCAUAGAAGCAGUGGCGCGUCCCUACUUCUACCGACACAAGUCUUACGUCAUUGUCGGUGGCCUGGGUGGCUUCGGUCUGGAGCUCGCCGAGUGGAUGGUGUCACGUGGCUGCCGCAAGCUGCUCCUCGUUUCCAGGCGCGGUGUGCGUACGGGCUACCAGAGGCUUUGUCUUCAGCGGUGGAGCGACCUGGGGGCCACAGUGCUCGUAAGCAACGAGGAUGUCUCUACGGAGGAAGGUGCUCGCAAAAUUAUCGACAAUGCAGCAGCCAUGGGCCCUGUGGGCGGCAUUUUCAACUUGGCCAUG